ACUGUUCCGUGUGUAUUUGCAAGACGCCGCUGCCCCCGCCGCGCGUCGUCGUCGCCACUCGCCACUCCAGCCGCAGGAGUUGCCACACACACACACACACACACACACACACAGAGAACACUCCGGGGCAAUCCGCGUUGAGCCGCGGUCGCCACCGUUUAUAGCCUCGCUGGUGCACGAACAAAUCCUGUUAUGAGAUUUAAACUUCGCCUCGGCGAGACCGGAGGAUCAACGCGCGCGCCUGCCCGCAGCCCGUCCGACUGAUCGCGGCUGUGCGCCCCGCCGCACACCGACCCAGCCCGCUGCCCUCCGACACCCGCCUCCGAUGAUCGUGGUCAGCCGGCCGGCGUCAGCUCUCGGCGCGACGGGGGAGUCGAAGCGGGGCUCCGGGUGUCGUUCGGCGCGGGGCCACACAUAGACGAGCCGCUGCAGAGGAGCUCGGCGCCGCAUUACGAACAGAACCACUCGCGGCCAAAUGGAUCUGUGAGACUUGUCCCCUUGACGCAGUCGGCCGCCGCUCCGCGCGCCUCCACUCGGCACAAACACAAAACUGGGAUUCUUCCUUUUUCCUUUUCUUCUCAUCCCCCCCACACCUUUCAGUUUCUAUUCCAUCGUCUACAAUCCAACAGAAGAAGAAGAGGAGGAAGAAGAAACAGAAAAGCAAGUCUCGUGUGUUGGUGGUGACAUACACGGAGCUGCCAGCUUUGCACCGGGGAGAAGCUCCUGCUGCGCUCCGACAUCGUCGAGGCAGAGUUGAAGAGGAGGACUUAAAGAACAUCUGUACGGAUGGAGGACGCCAGGGAUGCUCUCCGCCGCUGACGACUUCAACCUAGAGUACAGAGGUUCUUCCCCCAUGCACAUGAAAGAGACACAGCAAGGAAGACAGUGGCAAAAACAUGAGACCAUUUAAUGAUGGUAACCUCUAAGGAGAAACGCACAAGUCAACCUGAGGUGCUGAAAUCUCUUUUAAACCACACUACAGUUGCCUGCAGGCAAACCUUGAUGAAAGAAACACAGAAUAAAGGCAGAUACUCAACAUUCUUCUGAUUGGUACAUGGGGACAACACCAUCCAUCAAUGAAGAGGAACCAAAUAAAAGGACUGUGUCUGACCCUGAGAACAGUUGAACAUCCCGCUGAUUUUCCGACAGAAUCGUCUCAGCUGUGCUGAAAUCACAGCGGCAUCACUCUCUUAUCAUUUUUUUCUGGCCCCGCACAUGACUCUCAGAGAAGCACCAAUGGCCUGCAGCUUAGGCAUGGUGAUGAGUGCCUUGUUUUGGUCUGUAGCCAUUGUAUAUUUUACUCAUAUUGGCAGAGUCAGUGGAGACUGUUGGCUAAUUGAGGGUGAAAAGGGCUUUGUAUGGCUUGCUAUUUGUAGCCAAAACCAACCACCUUAUGAGGCCAUCCCACAGCAUAUCAACAGCACCAUUGUGGACCUUCGUUUGAAUGAAAACAAAAUCAAAAGUAUUCAAUAUUCUGCUCUUAGUCGCUUUGCCAACUUGACCUACCUGAACCUGACAAAGAAUGAAAUCUCCUACAUAGAGGACGGGGCCUUUUCUGCUCAGUUUAACUUACAAGUCCUUCAAAUGGGCUUCAACAAGUUGCGGAACCUGACGGAGGGAAUCCUCAGGGGUUUAGGCAAGCUGCAAUACCUCUACCUCCAGGCAAACCUAAUAGAGACUGUGACACCCAAUGCCUUUUGGGAAUGCCCCAACAUAGAGAACAUUGACCUCUCCAUGAACCGAAUCCAGCAGUUAGACGGGUCCACGUUUACUAGUCUGACUAAACUGACCACCUGUGAGCUGUACACCAACCCUUUCAACUGCUCAUGUGAAUUACUUGGUUUUGUCAAAUGGCUCUCAAUUUUCCCAAACAGGACGAAUGAGCGGAUGGUCUGCGACUCCCCACCUGGCGUCUCUGGUUAUAGUUUACUGAGCCAGAAUCCUAACAAUCCAACAUAUCGAAAUGCACUUCACAUGCUCACAACUGUGUGUACUGAUGACUACGUGACACCAUUUAUCGCUAUGCCCACUGAGUCUACAACACUCCCACCUGACUCAACACUCUGUGGGCUAGAAGACUGUCCAUCAGGCACAGAGCCAGAUGACAUUACCAUCAGUGCAACCUACAGCAGUGAGGAAGUAUCCCCUUUGAUGAAAGUGAAGCAAGUAACGAACACAGGAGCCACCAUCACAGUUCAGAUUCCUCAUCCUUACAAAAAGAUGUACAUCCUGGUUCUGUACAACAAUAGCUUCUUCACAGACAUUCAACCUCUGAAAGAUCUAAAGGAGGAUAUUGAACUAAAAAACCUUAAACCCCACACCAACUACACGUACUGUGUCGCUUCAAUUCGUAACUCUCUCAGACACAACCACACUUGUCUGACAGUCACUGGUGCUCGGAGUGAAAAGGACAUAGUUGUAAACAAUGCGACUGCUACUCAUUAUAUUAUGACAAUUUUAGGCUGCCUCUUUAGCAUGGUCAUUUUUCUUGGGGUGGUCUACUAUUGUUUGCGGAGAAAGCGGCAGCAAGAUGAAAAGCACAAAAAAUCAAGUAGCCUGAAGAAAAAUAUAAUGGAACUCAAAUAUGGACAAGAACUGGAAGGAGGGACCAUUUCUCGAAUGUCGCAGAAGCAGUUGUUGGCUGGGGAAAGCAUGGCCCGUAUGCCAUACUUACCAUCUGCUGGUGAAAUGGAGCAGUACAAAUUCCAAGAGAUAAGUGAUACUCCUAAAAUGAUGAAGGGGAAUUACAUGGAGGUGCGAAGUGUGGACCACCAUGAACGCAGGGAGUGUGACAUGGGAAUGCCUGGGAACAGCCAGGGGUCUGUGGCGGAGAUUUCCACCAUUGCAAAGGAGGUGGAUAAAGUCAAUCAGAUAAUAAACAACUGUAUAGAUGCUCUAAAGUCAGAAUCCACCUCAUUUCAAGGGGUGAAAUCUGGAGCUGUGUCCACUGCUGAGCCUCAGCUCGUACUCAUAUCAGAACACCCACAGAGUAAAUCCAGCCUUCUGUCCCCAGUGUACAACGACAGCUACCAUCAUUCCCUGCAGAGGCAUCGGACUUCUGACGUCUCACCAAAGAGGCCCAGCACUGCCACAGGAGGGCCCAUGCGAAGCCCCAGACCGUAUCGCUCUGAAUCAAAGUACAUCGAGAAGACCUCCCCAACAAGAGAGUCCAUGCUCACUGUAACACCUGCUGCCACCAUCCUGAGGGCCGAGGCAGAGAAGAUCCGUCAGUACAGUGACCACCGGCACUCGUACCCCGAUGCUCAGAUAGAGGAGCUCGAAGGACCUGACAGCCACAAGUCCUCCAUGAUGGAGCCACUUACUCACUCCCGCUCUAGAGACUUAGCAUAUUCGCAGCUGUCGUCUCAGUAUCACAAUCUCAGCUAUUCCUCCAGUCCCGAGUACUACUGCAAACCUUCACACAGCAUCUGGGAGCGAUUCAAACUCCACCGGAAACGGCACAAAGAUGACGAGUACAUGGCUGCAGGGCAUGCACUGCGUAAGAAAGUCCAGUUUGCAAAGGAUGAGGACCUGCAUGAUAUUUUAGACUACUGGAAAGGUGUGUCCGCCCAAAACAAAUCAUAACCACGUUAGGUGUUUUUUAAAAUGGACCACACAUUGCAGAAAUGACACAAGAACUUCAUCUGACAAUUGAAUCAAUGGAAACUUCCAUAUUAUAAUCUACCACUCACACACGUGUAUACAAUUCUUUUUUGACUGUGAGAAAAAUGGGGUAAACAUUCUUUAAAUUUGUCAUAUUAUGUAAAGCAUCCAACGGGAAAACUUUUAUCUAUUAAAGAGAAAAUAUAUAUUGCAAAUUACUAAUAUAUAUGUUACAAUGGAUUAUAGGUUGUUGGGUAUCGCAUGGCCAAGUCCUGUGACAGUGGAUUUGCUGUUGUGUAAUAUGAAACUACUAUAUGAAGAUGUGUCGAUGAAACCUCUCCUUUUUUUGAAGGACUAUCUGGACCUUUCACUUUUGUUUCCCUUCCCAACCUGCAUUUAUUUAAUUCAGCAAAACUAUGUACAGAUAUGGGUUUCUAUAUUUACAAUGUCUGCUGUGUAAAUGGAAAAUUAUUAGUGGAUGAGCCAUGUUUAUCAAACAGAGCGCGGUGUAUUGAGAUUAUCUUUUUUGCUAAAGACCAUUCAUAUCUGUUGGAACAGUUGUCAGUUUAACCUUCAACGCCUGUUUUUUUUUGUUUUGUUUUUUUAUUCUCAUCUUUCCUUUUACAUAUAUUUACAAGAUACAGAUGGAUUCAGUUUUAAAGUCCCCUUUAUCACAUGACAAGAUUUUCACUGGAUGGUUUCUGAGAGACUUCAUGCAGGUGAGACGCAGUGAAUCACAUGCUACAAUGAAGCCGAGUCAUCAUUUGUAUCUUUAGUACCAAAGUAGAAAAAGCUAAAAUGUUUACAAUAUCUCUGCCCAGUCUGGGAAUCAUAUGAACAUACAGCAGUAGGUCCAUGUGGAUUUCUUCUCUUUUUUCAUUGCAUCAUUUACUCCUUUAAAAGUGAAAACAUUGGGAAACAAUAAUAAAGCCUGUUAUUAAUUCACUCACAUUUGAAGGGAAGGCAGCUGCGCUUUGUCACCUGUACACAUUCAGCUGUUCUUCCCUGCAGGAGAGCCCGAUGGAUGAAUGUAACAGAUACAUAUUCUGAUCUGUCUAUGGCAGCUUUUAUGUAUAUUUUCAAGGAAAUGUUUAUUUAAUGCUAUUGCCGACUGUUUCCUUCCUUUCUUCUUUGCUUUAAUAUUACGUCCAGUGUAUUAUAGUGCAUAAUAUUUGAUCUGAUAAAUGCAGGAAAGUAGUUUGUAAUUCGGCUGGGCCUUGUUGCUUGCUGAGAGGUUUCAUUUUAUUUUUAAAUGCUAGGCUGUUAAAUCUUUUGUAUAUUAUGAAAGCUACGUACCAGAUGAAUAUCAACAUGCUAGAGUAAAAUUUGAGAAUGUGAAACUGAAUCCUCUGACUUACUGGCUGUGAAUUUGUAUAUGAUGAUCUUUUUUUUAAAUUUUAUUUUGAGUAAAUAGAAGACUUAACGCUUUUUCUUUGUGAGUUGUUUAUAUAACUUAUUCAAAACAGGCUCAUGAUGAUUCAUUGCAUAUUUAUGAUUGAGCAACACGUUUUUCUGACGUUGGUUAAUUUAAAAGCAGAAAACAGCUCUUUGAAGUUAAGCAAAUUACACAUCAGUUACAUUUAGAGGUAAAGAGAUAUUGUGAAAAAUAUCCACUGCUAUUGUAUCACUUUUUGCUGAAUUGUAAUCAUGAUUUCAAUGAAUGAUUAUUUGUCCCAAUUUAAGGAAACAAGACAAUAACUUCCCAAGUAGCAGCAAGUCUUCUGUGUUUAAAGUGUGCCACUAACUCUUAUGCAAAUGUUCAACCAAUUUACCUGAAAAUCUGCAUAAGAAAAUGUUGUUUAGUGUGUGUGUUUCCAUCCACUACCCUAUAUAGUCUACAUUAGGAGUUGUGGAGCAUUGAGAGCAACAGUUGAUGGUUUUAAUUUUACUCUCCAUAGAUCAUUGUAGAGGAAGAGGCUGCAACAAGAUAGGUAAAGGCCAGUUAAACCUCAAUUUCAGCCAAUGAAGACACUGUUGAAAACAUGAUGGAACUAUACCAUUUAGUAUCUUUAAUAUAUAUAAAUGUGGGGAAUGCUACCAUCUCCUCAACUUUUUCCCCAAUAAAUGGAAAGUCACUUAUUGUGGUUCUCAAUUAAUUCAUUAAUCUUUUUUUUUUUUAAAGACACACAAACAUGAUUUCCAGAUAUGACCUACUUCCUGAAGCACAAAUAUCUUUUCUGCUUUUCUUUUUAACACAAGAUUAUGUCACCCGCACCUCUAUUUCAUUUAACUUGACUUUUUCCCCCAGCAAUGAGUCGCAAAACCUUCAAGCCAGAAAUAUUUACUGCCCUAUACUGUACGUACUGUGAAUUGAGAUGGCAGAGCUGACCCAAGGGAAUGAAGUUGUCUAGUGACACAUUUUUGUAUUUUUUGUUUCAUUCUUCUGUUAUAAUGACCACAACGUCCACAUUCCUCUAAGUGUGUCAUGAUGCUGUUAAUAUUCAUUAAUGUGAAAUGAAGCCUUCAUGAGCCUGACGUGAAUGUGUUAUGUAAGCACGUUGUAAAGUGUUAAAUUGGUUGUCUGACUUAAUAUUUCAACCGCCUUAAGAUUUUGGGAUACGUGUACAAGUGUAAAUUUCCUUUUAUUUUAUGUUGAUACUGUUGAUGAGUCUCCAUUUGUUGUUAUUUUUAUAAAAGCAUUUCAGGAUCUUCUGAGAGCUGUCAGGUUUCUAGUUCAUUUAGCUAUUUAACAACAUGGUUUUUUUUUUAUACUGCAUAUUGUAGCACUUCUGUGUCUAAUACGAGUAAAAAGUGUUGAGAAAACCUUUAGAAAGUUCAAAAGUUGUCGUUCAAGUGCAUCAAAAACAAACAAGAGCACAAAAAUGUUUUUUUUUAUUUUUAUUCCUUAAUACUAUGUUAUCUGCUUUCAGACAAAGUACUGUGAAAUAAAGUUAAGGGUGCACAUAC